AUUUUUCGGUAGGUUAUCUUUUAUCUUCUGCUUUUGAUUUUCUGAAAAUUAUUGAGAAAUUUAUUGUGUGAUUGUGAUUAGUGAUUAGUUUGUUUUUUAACAAUGUCUAAUUUACCUAAAUCAAGUGAUAUACCAAGUAACGAAGACAUUAUUAAUGAAAUAACCAAAGACUUCAAUAAUUUUAAUGUAGACGAUUCAAAUAAAUCAGAAAACAAAGACUUUCAAUCUAGAAACUCAGAUAAUCCUUCGAAUAGUUCAGAAAUACCUUCAGAUUUCGAACAGGAAGAUUCAGAGAACUUAGAAAAUACCAUUCCUGAUGAUUUUGUAGAUGAAGAGAAGCUUAAAGAUUUAGAAAUUGAAUUAACCGCAGAGGAAAAGAAAGAACGACAUGAAAAAGCUCUUGACUUUAAAAACCGAGGGAACGAUGAAUUUAAACAUAAAAAUUAUUUGGAGUCAGUAUUAUUAUAUACAGAAGGAUUAAGAAUAUGCCCACUUGAAUAUGAUACUGAUAGAGCUGUUCUAUAUGCAAACAGAGCUGCUUCAAAAGGAAAAUUAGAUAGAAAACAAAGUGCUAUUGAUGAUUGUUCUAAAGCCAUAGAACUUAACAUCAAAUACGUCAAGGCUUAUUUGAGAAGGGCAAAUUUUUAUGAAGAAACUGAGAAGUUUGAUGAAAGCUUAGAGGAUUAUAAAAAAGUUCUUGAGUUUGAUCCAGGAAAUAAAGAUGCUGCGGCUGCUAAUAUUAGAUUGCCACCAUUAAUCCAAGAGAGAAAUGAAAAAUUAAAAACAGAAAUGUUAGGAAAAUUAAAAGAUUUAGGCAAUGUUAUAUUAAGACCUUUUGGACUGUCUACAGAGAAUUUUCAAUUACAACAAGAUCCUAAUACUGGCGGAUACUCUAUAAAUUUUAAACAAGGAACUGGAUAAAAUUAGAUAUUUUGACUAAAACUUGUAACUUUAUUGUAUAAUAUUAUUAAUUUUGUUAAUUUAUGA